AUGGGAGGUUUGUCUUGCUCCCAGGAAGGCCAGGCCCAGGACACUCAGGGCAGAAACACCACAGUGGAGUGCCUCACUGACACACUGAGCUGUGAAACUCUAAUGCUGGAUUCUGACCCUGCUGCACCUCCUGGCACUACUGAGGACGCCAACGCCCCGGAAGAGAUCCAGACAGUAUAUGGAUGUCGCCACAUCAGAAGGAAAGAUUUAGAGAUAGAAGAGCACGAUGUUCUGUCUGGUAAAACAACUGGGUACCUCAUUGAGAAGUUCCUGGGGCAGGGGACUUUUGGGAAAGUGGCCCAGUGCAUACGAUUAGACACCAAGGAAAGGAUGGCUGUGAAGAUUGUGAGGAAAGAUUUGGCCUGGGCUGGUGAAACAGAGGUGGCCAUGCUUAAAAAACUCAGGCAGCUUGACCAAGACAAGAACAACUUGGUCAGGUUCUUUGAGCAUUUUAAACACAGAGGAUAUGUUUGUCUGGCAUUUGAAAUGCUGGAUAUAAGUAUCUAUGAUUUCAUGAAGGAGAGGUCCUUCAAGCCACUGGAUCUGUCUGAGAUCAGAGUAAUCACACAACAGAUGCUGGUGGCUCUGAACGCCCUCAAGGGCAUAGGUCUGGCGCAUGCAGACAUCAAGCUGGACAACAUAAUGUUGGUUAAUCAUCAGUUGCAGCCUUUCAAGCUGAAACUGAUUGAUUUUGGUUUGGCUGUCCCUGUCUCUAAAAUGUGGCUUGGCAUGCAGAUUCAGGUCCUUGGCUACAGGGCCCCUGAAGUCAUCCUGGGCCUUCCAUUGAAUGAGGCUGCAGACAUGUGGUCUCUUGGCUGCGUUUUGGCCUUCAUGUACCUCGGCCAGCACCUGUAUCCAAUAGAGUGCGAAUAUGAGCCUGUUUGA